AUGUCUUCCAUCGAUAGAAUGAUGAUUCUUGGCGUUCGUGCUUUUCCUACGACUGAAGGCGAGACCAUUAAGUUUGAGCCACCAUUGACCAUCGUCGCUGGAACCAAUGGCUCUGGCAAAACUACUAUUAUCGAAUGUCUUCGCUUUAUCACUACAGGUGCUUUGCCUCCUGGCGCAGGUCUGAAAGGAGCGUGGAUCCACGAUCCAGGCCUACAAGGUGAAAAGAGUGUAUUGGCUCAAGUGAAGCUGCUAUUUCAUGCUGCCAAUGGAACGAAACUCGUGGUGACACGCAACCUAGAACUUCAGCUCAAAAAGCAGAGCCGUAGUCAGAAAACCAAGGAAGCCACUCUGCUAAUAGAGCGCCAUGGACAGAAGACAGCACUGUCGACCCGUGUCGCAGAGCUGGAUGAGCAGGUACCUCUGUAUCUCGGAGUAUCAACCUCACUGCUUGAUAACGUCAUCUUCUGUCAUCAGGAGGACAGUCAAUGGCCGCUUGCAGAAUCCGGUACCCUAAAGAAGAAAUUCGAUGAAAUUUUCGAAGCUGGAAAGUAUACAAAAGCAGUUAAAGAAUUGGUGGAUAUUCGCAAGAAGCACAAAAACGAUCUUGGACGUCAAGAAGCACUGGCAGAGUCGGCAAAGAAGGACAGAGACCGAGCUAACCGAGUGAGACAGCGUUGCAAGCAACUGCAUAAGGAAAUAGAAGAUCUGCGAGAGCAAGCUCGUGAUUGGCAGAAUCGAUUCGAUUCUGCUUCAACUGGGGCAGCUGAGAAAUGGAAGCAAGCCGAACAAGUUGGUCAAAAGGUCGCAGUUCUCGAAGCUCAUCGUAUGGAUCGGGAUAACAAGGAAAAAAUGGUUGCAGACCUCAAAGUGCAUCUCAAAGAAAUUGGGGAAAGCGACGAAUGGUUGGAAAAUGCACUGGCUCAGUUCAACGCUACGCUAGCAGGGUAUGAGGAAACCAAGCAAACGAAAGGAGAUCAAUGGCUGGAAUAUAAGGAGAAUCUGGCACAGCUGAAAGAGAAAUUGGAUAUUAAGCUGACUGAACAAGGUCAAUACCAGCAAGAAAAGGUUGAGCAUAAUCGUCAACUUGAGCGACGAAAGAAUCAGAUCAGAGAAAGUGCAGCAAAACAUCAGCUUCGGGGCUAUGACGACCUGAGCGACGACGACAGGGUCGAAGAUUUCUUGUUCAAAAUCAAGAAGUUGGCGAAAGACCGUACUACAAAGCUUGAACAGGCUCGUGCUGAAGCUGAUCAGCAAAAACGUGAAGCAACCACUACGCUGAACAAGUUGACAGAACGACAAAAUGUCCUCAAAGACAAUCGAACAUCCGCGAAUCGUCAAAUGGCUGAGAACAGUCGACAAGCUGCCCAGCGACAAUCGGAUGUCGAUAAUAUUCAAGUCAACGAAGGCAGUAAGGCCGCUAUCGAAUCGCGUAUGGAAGAUUUGCAAGCCCGACUACUGAGCACUCGCCAGAGCCUCAACUCCAUGGACUAUCCCGCGAAGAUAAAGCAAGCAAACCAAGAACUCUCGAGGUUCGAUGAAGAGCUGAAUCGUUUGAAUGCUGAAUUGCUGCAGAGUACCAAGCGUGCUGGAGAAGUUGCACAAUUAUCCCACGUCAAGCAAGAGAUUAGAGAGCAACAACGCGGCCUGCGAACACUGCUAGAAGUCCAUAGCGAUAAAAUCAAUACUCUGGUAGGCUCUGGUUGGGACCCUACAAACCUCAACACCAAGUUCCAAGGUAUCUUGUCGAAUGCUGUGAAAGAAGUUGCAUCGGCAAAACGUGAAAGAGACAACAUCUUACGCGAAGCUGAGCAGAUUCAGUACAAGCAGCGCAGCCUCCGAGACGAACUGGGCGCUCGAAAGCGUCAGGCACAGCAAUACGAGAAAAUUGUCAAGGAUGCCAUUGAUGGUGAUAUUGCUGACUAUGAGGAGACAUCCAGUGCAGCAGAGCUUCGUCUCGAAACAGCCACGGAAAACAUGAAAGAAUAUGGGGGUCUGGUGACCUGGUUCGGCAGGGUUCUCGAGAUUGCUGAAUCGAAGCACGCCUGCCGGCUGUGUGAGAGGCCCUUCAAAGGCCCGGACGAUCCUCGCCUCAAUGUAUUCAAGAGAAAAGUCCAGACUCUGGUCGCAAGGGCAUCAGCUGAGGCGGCUGACGAGGAGUUGCAAGAGGCUACGGCCGAUCACAAACGCAUCGUCGAUGCAGGUGCGAGCUACGAGAACUGGAAACGAGUGACCAAAGAAGAGAUUCCCACUAUGGACACUGACAUUGCGAAGCUCAACCAAGACCAUGAGAGGUCAAUGGCCUUGUUGGAGAAGCAUGAUAGGACGGUCGAGGCAAAGGAAGAAGCCCAGAAUGAAAUAGAGAGCCUUUCGACGACCGUCGCGUCCAUUACGAAGAUUGAGCAAGACAUCAAAUCUUUGAACGCCAAAGUCGAUGAACUAACAGCGAAGCAAUCACAGCACGGCGAUAUCAGAACACUGGAAGACAUUCAAGAAGAGAUCACUACCAUAAAUGGCAAAGUGUAUGAGACGAAAAGAAAUGUUUCCAGGAUGACCAAAGAGCAGGAUACAGCGCGAUCAGAGACCUAUGCCCAGGAAUUGGAACUACGAGAAAUGAGAAGCGAGCUUGAGACUGUAUCCCGACAACUUGACCGCAAAACCGGACUCCUAGAUCGAGUUCAAGAGUUCAAGGAUAUGAACCAAAAGCAGCGAGAAAUCAUUGGAACAAUCGACACAGAACUGGAGAACAUUGGUCCGCAGAUUGACGCGGCCAACGCGAAACGCGACGAUGUCGAUCAACGUGCCAAUGCUCGUCUUCGAGAUAUGAACCAGGACGCCAGAGGCUUAGAUGAGACGGUUAGUGCACUACAGUUAGUGAACGACCAGAUACAGACAUACGUCCAAGGUGGCAGUGAAUCGAAACUCUCCCGCAUCGUGCGUGAAAUCGGGCACAUUCGACAAGAAAUUGCGCGAGACGAAGCAGCUCAGAAACAGCUUACAAAAGAGAUUUCGCAAGUUGACGAGCAGCUCAGGGAUAGUGACAAUACAAGACGCCGCUAUGCAGACAACCUGCGCUACAGAGAGCUGUGUAGAGAUCUGAAAUGGUUGCAAGGUGAGAUUGAAACCCUUGAGUCGACCAACGCGGAGCAUGACCAGGACCAGCUCAAGCGUGAGUCCGAGCAGUUGACCAGGGAUCGCCAUGCUUGUGCUGCUCAGCUGCAGGGCGUUGUUGGGGAGUCAAAGACCAAAGACUUGCAGCUCAAAGAACUGCUUGCGGAGUACGACACUGAUCUCAAAGAUGCUGCCUUGAGGUAUAGGCAAGCACAUGUUAAGGUUGAGUCGACAAAGCUCGCAGUCGAAGACAUUGGCAAAUACAGCACAGCAUUAGAUCAGGCUGUUACGAAAUACCACUCGCUCAAGAUGGAUCAAGUCAAUGCUAUCAUGGACGAGCUCUGGCGGAAUACCUAUAUGGGUACCGACGUUGACACAAUCUAUAUCAAGUCUGAUCUCGAGGUCAAAACCAGUAGCCGAACACACCAUUAUCGUGUCGUGAUGCUGAAGCGUGAUGUGGAACUUGAUAUGCGUGGCAGAUGCAGUGCAGGGCAAAAAGUGCUUGCUAGCAUAAUUAUUCGACUUGCGCUUGCAGAAUGUUUCUCAAAAGACUGUGGUGUGAUUGCUUUGGACGAACCAACUACAAAUCUGGACGAGAAAAACAUCGAAGCGCUAGCACUUUCUCUACAUCGAAUCAUUGAGUCACGACGACAUCAGAAGAACUUCCAGCUCAUCAUUAUCACCCAUGACGAGCGAUUUCUGGAGUUACUGAAUGCUCAGGACUUCAUUGACAACUAUUAUAUAGUCAGGAGAGACGAGCACGACAACUCUGUCAUCGAAAAACAGAGCAUAUUGCGAAUUAUGCGAAAGUAA